UCAGGUCCAUUUUCUUACACUUUCUUUCACAAUAUAUAAAGCGAUGAUAAUGUUAAAUAAAAGCACUCAUUACAUUGUAAAAUAACAUAUAGACAUUGGACUAUAUACUUUCCGCAGAAAGGUAUUUUAUACAAAAUUAAUGAACGAUUUUAUAAUGAAGUGUUUUACAUGAAGAAUAUCUACUACCUCUCUAUCAAUAACAUCGUAUGUUUUUGGAUGCAUCGAUUUAAAUUGACCUUAAACAUUAGUUUCAAUCACGCAAUUCGUCUUUUUCGCAUUGGUAUUCGUUCGUUCCUUCUGUACACGAGGACAGUUGAUGAGGAAAGACAGGAAUAUUUUUUUCUUGACUUCUAACAUGUAACUGUCAUGAAUAUUUCCGGGAGAGCUUAUCUGGAUGUUAAUGAGUAAUCCUAUAUAACUGAAAGGUACCAAAACCCAGAGAUAUGGCGACAUAUCUAUUGAUAAUAUUUUUACUAGCCCAUAACUCAGUACAUGCUCAGAGAGAAGAAAUAGAAUCGGGCGAAGGAGGAUAUGGGGGUGGUGGGGAAAGAGAAAUUGGAGAAGGAUUUGGUGAAGGUUUUGGAGGCAGUGGAUUUGGAGGUAGGGGGUUUGGUGAAGGCGGCUUUGGAGGAGGGGAAUAUGGAGAAGGUGGCUUUGGCGGGGAAUAUGGAGAAGGAGGGUUUGGAGGUAGGGGGUUUGGUGAAGGCGGCUAUGGAGGCGGGGAAUAUGGAGAAGGAGGGUUUGGAGGCAGGGGGUUUGGUGAAGGCGGCUAUGGAGGAGGGGAAUAUGGAGAAGGAGGGUUUGGAGGCAGGGGGUUUGGUGAAGGCGGCUAUGGAGGAGGGGAAUAUGGAGAAGGAGGGUUUGGAGGCAGGGGGUUUGGUGAAGGCGGCUAUGGAGGAGGGGAAUAUGGAGAAGGAGGGUUUGGAGGCAGGGGGUUUGGUGAAGGCGGCUAUGGAGGCGGGGAAUAUGGAGAAGGAGGGUUUGGAGGCAGGGGGUUUGGUGAAGGCGGCUAUGGAGGAGGGGAAUAUGGAGAAGGAGGGUUUGGAGGCAGGGGGUUUGGUGAAGGCGGCUAUGGUGAAGGAGGGGAAUAUGGAGAAGGUGGCUAUGGCGAGCGUGGAUUUGGCAGGAGAGGAUUUGGAGGCAGUUAUCUUGGUUAUGGACGAGGUUAUAGGUCUAGAUAUGGAGGUUAUAUGGGAUAUGGAGGUUACAGGAGAUAUCCAUAUUUUGGAAGGAGAUAUGGAUACAGAAGAUACAGAGGAUAUCGCGGAUACGGCGGAGGUAAAUAUACGUUCGUAACAGCCACACGUUUAAUACAUUGUUAA